UUGACGGCGUUGCAGCUGUGAUGUGCUGACAGUAUGAGAUUCGCCUCUUUUGUGGCUCUGUGCAUGCAUUAAAAGUUGAGUUUAUGUAUGAGUUUCUGGAACCCCAGCAUGGGCAACUUUCACUGAAGCCCUGUGCAACUCGUCAGAGAGGCGCGCGCGUCUGAUUCUCAGCGCUCGGACCCUGGAGCGGCUCCGGUCUGUUUCUAAUCGGAAGCCGAUCGGACUCUUCUGCCACGGCUUUGGUGGUUAUAUAUAUAUAAGCGGAACAUAUAUGAGUCGGGAUUAGAGAUCCUCGUGACAGGCACAGAGAAUGGACCUGACGGCUUUGUACUUCACGCAGCUGCUGUUCUCAGCACUGCAGGUGAUAUUAUGUGUUGGAAGAGACUGCCUGCUGGCUGGGGACACAUGCUCCAGCGAUGAGACAUGCAGCCCACGCCUCAGGACCCUCCGUCAGUGUGUGGCCGGAGACGGCAGCAUGAAGCUGGGUCCUGGUGCACGCAGCCAGUGUGCCAAUGCCGUGUCUGCUCUGCUGUCUACCCCACUGCAUGGCUGCCAGUGCCGACGUGGCAUGAAGAGAGAAAAGAAUUGCCUGAGUAUAUACUGGAGUCUAUACCAGUCUGGCAUACAUGGGCUCAACCUGGUGGAAAGCUAUCCAUACGAGACAGUGGAGAAAGGAUAUGACUAUGUUCGUCUAGCCUCCAUUACGGCAGACUCCGAUCUGGGCCUUUCAACGGCAAACCGGUGCUUGGAUGCGGCCAAAGCCUGCAACGUGGAUGACCUGUGCCAGAGGCUGCGCACUGAAUAUGUGUCAGCAUGUAUCAAACCUUCAGGCAAAUCGGGCCUAUGCAAUCGUUCCCGCUGCAACAAGGCCCUGCGCCGAUUUUUUGACCGUGUGCCCCCGGAAUACACGCACGAGCUACUCUUCUGUCCCUGCAGCGAUAUGGCGUGCUCAGAGAGACGACGCCAGACCAUCGUGCCUGGCUGCUCGUAUGAGAUGCCAGAAAAACCCAGCUGCCUGACGCAGAUGAGGAGCUGCAGAGCCGACUACAUCUGCAGGUCCCGUUUGGCUCAGUUUCAGUAUGACUGCAGGCCAGAUGAGCAGUCUUCCAGCGGCUGCAAACAUGGCAACUAUGCUGCCUGUCUUGUAGCCUACACCGGCCUAAUAGGCAGUCCCAUCACUCCUAAUUAUGCGGACAACACCACAUCCAACGUGGCGCCGUGGUGUACAUGCUCAUCGAGCGGCAAUCAGAAACAGCAAUGCACAGAGUUUCUGGAUAAUUUCACCAACAACAUCUGUCUCAACAAUGCUCUUCUGAUGUUUGGGAAUGGGAUCGACCAGACGCCUUCUCCGAGCCAAACAGAUCGUCAAAUCUCUGUGACGGACAAAGAUGCACGAAACAGUUCUUCUGGCUAUGUCUCCAUGGAUACAGAAGAGAACAUUGCAAGCCCAACCAUUUCCACACAGGACACCGAAAGGGAAAGACUUUGGGGCGACUCCACCAUUCCUUUUAACAAACAACGUAACUCUGGACAGGUCUCCACUCAUGUGUGUCUGCCAGUACUCACCUGUCUGCUGCUCAUCCUUCUGCUGAGCUGUGAUCAGUAAAGUUGUGUGGGACAGACACAAAUUCUGGGCCAAAGGACCAACUGCAAUGUUAUUUCUUUCUUUCGUAACCAAGACUGUGGGGGAAAAAACUGCCUCCAACAGCCCCUCCAUGUUUCAUUGUGCUAUCUGUGUAUUUCUGUGGAAUAGUUGGAUUUGGCAAGACAAUUUAUUAUGGACGUGAUGCCUGAUGGUAGAAUCUAAUUAGAAAUCAUCCUUUGUACAUAUGUACAUAUCAGUAUGCAGAGUCAAUAUCAGAGUUUAUUGUUUGUGAGUAAUUUCAGCUCCAAGACCUACAUUUUCUAGGGACAUUUAUGAGUGUGGUGCCUCCAGCGUUUCAUAACCAAAUUAAUGUGCAAUGCUCUAAACUAGGCUGAAAUGUGUGGAGGAAAGAGUCAAAGCCUCCUGUUUCUUUUCAAUAGCUCCUCAUGCAUCACUUCAAGUGUUCAGAGGCGCCUGUGGAGUAAACUGAGAUUUAAUAUCAUUUUGUUCAAGUUGACUGAAGACGAAGACUUGGGCUGCCGCUGAUCAAUAUCCGGAUUGCAAAGCCUUUGGGUGGAGGUAAACAAAAGGCCUGUCGACGUUUAAACCGGUAUUUUGGAUCUACGCGUUUCUAGAUCGUUCCAAGGUAUUAUAUGUUUGUGUGCGUGUGUGUGUUCAGGAAUGUAAGCGCUUUCUCUUUGCCUGACUGAAGAACAAAUAUAAACCAAACAUCUGUGAUAUCUGUUGCUUUAGUCUUGUGGAAGCACAAUGGACAAUUCAAAUAGUGGACAAUUCUACAAUGUUAUUUACCUUUGAGUUUACACACUCAAAUUCUGUAUAGUUUAUUGUUUGUUUGUUCUUUUCUUUGUUUACUUUCUCAGACAUAUUUGACAAUCUGAUGUGUCAAAUAAAUCCUGUAAAACUAGAGAAAAAAUAUGUCCAGGAGCACAGUAACAUACAAUCAAUUGAAGCACAUUUUCAGUGUAUUGAAUUAACACUGGUAAACAAGCAGUAUUUAUAAUGUUCUUAUAGCUAUAAUGCAUUUGGGGAAACUCAGCUUUGGUUCAUAUUUCAUGUGGAUUUCUCUACCAGCAUGAUAUCGGCCAUAUUCAGAGUUAAGAUAUGUGCACAUAGUGAGAAGUUAAUACAGAAAAAAGCAUACAUCAGUGUUCAGUUUAUUUCAGACAUAACUAGAGACUUAGAUUUGCACACAAGUCCUAAAAUAGAAGUAUUGUUUUGGGCAAUUUGAGCUAUCGACCUGAAGCUAGACAAAGUAUUCAGUCCAAAGCCGAUAUGUCAUAGUACAACCCCAAUUCCAAAAACGUUGGGGCGCUGUGCAAAAUGUAAAUAAAAACAGAACGCAAA